GCAAAUGCACAGCUCAUUCUACCCAGCACAUCUGGCCAGCUGCAUGGAAUGACGCAGUAAAGCAACGGCUCGUCUAUUCAGUAUCUCCAUUGGAAUGACUUCUGCCCAUGAGAAAAUUGUCUCUGGGUAUGUCAAAGGGGUGACAGAAGCUGCAGCAGCAUGUAGCUUCCUCCUCCUCUCCUGUCUCCUCCCACAAAAACAAUCCCCUUGUAACUGAACUUGCAAAACAAAACUGGAAAGUAUUGAGAUGUCAUUUCCUCUCUGCUCUUUAUGAGGCAACCAGAAAAUGGAAGCUGCUGCUGCUGCUGCAACCGUCACCCAGACUCAUCAGACGGGACCGUUCACCUUUGAAGCAGCAGUGCCGGCAGAAGAGCAGACACAGCAAUGGAAAACUUCAGCUUCUCCCUUCCAGUUCUCACCAAAAAGCAACAAGACAUUUUUCAGAAAGCUUUUACUGCUGAUGCUGAUUACCUGGAAACAUCUGAGGCAAUGAACCAGUCCUUCUGGGAGUUGUUAAUAAAAUGUUUAGCCACCGUUAAUCCAGCCUGUCUGACCAUUGAAGAAUCCCACAAUCUCCUUAACAGAGGCAUAAACACAGCUGAUGAACGUGCAGCCUCCUUGAAGACCGUAGGGGAAAAAGGAGAGAAUGCAAUGGUUGUGCUUUACCUGCUGCUAAAGAUGAAAGAUCAAUCCGCCUACAGUCAGUUGCCCAGCUCCAAGAAAAAUGAUGAAAAACUGAAACUACUUAAUGAAUUGGAAAAAAUCUUCAGAUUCUCACAGGAAGAAAGUGAGGCUGAAAGGACAUCGUGGGAGCCCACAGAAACACAACCACGAGCAACCAGUGCUGGCAAGAAAAAAGUCUCUGUGGCAACAGUUAAGCCAAUUUCUCAUAAGCAAAGUCAGGAAGACCAAGACCAUGAAAAUCGAGAUGGAAGUGAGAUUGCAAGAAGAGAAAAUGCACCUGCUGUGGCUUGUGAAAAGGCUACUUACCUUCAGAAAUGUCAAAGACAGUGGAUAAGAAUACGGAAAAAUGAUCUAUUCUUUCAUUUUGUCAUUCUUUGUUUUGCCAUUGGAGCCGUACUAAUUAGCUUUUACAACUACAAAGAUUGGAUCGUUUCCCUUGGUCUUGGUUUUGUCAUCUUUGCUUCUCUAGAAAUUACUGGAAUAUAUUUUGGCUUUGUGCAUCGAAUUCACAGUGUCCUUGAGGGUUUCAUUCCUCUGAUUCAGAGAUUCAGAAUACCAGGUAUUAGAAAAGUUGACUGAACAGAAGAUUGAGAGUUCAACACGUCCUUGGUUUCUGGAUUGAUUGUACUAAAGUUAAUAAAGCUGUUUCAUGGUAGGGUCAUAAAAAUCUAAUGGCUAUCCUAAAAUAUUGAAGCAUGAAUCAUAAAAUUAGUUAUUCUCUACUCAGGAAUAAAAACUGUGGUACAGGAUGUCCAUUCUUUCCUUUGACAUGAUUUGUGGCUCAAUACAAGCAAAAUAGAGUGGGGCUAAGUUUAUAAAUGCAUUUUAAGCUAUAAGGGUUACUACACACACCAUGUUAUUUCCCCCCCCCCCCCCCAAUAUAAUGAUGUCAGUCCAACUUGAGAGGUGUAAUCCAAAGCUUAUGGAAAUUAAGGAACAGCUUGCAUAGAUUUCAUUGAGCUCUGGAUCAGGCCCUUGAUGUUUUAAAACGUCUCUGGAAACCUUUGUGGGGUUCUUUCUCUCCCCCAAUGGUGCACGGUAGGAUUACUUUUCAUGUUGCACCUACUUACACAUCCCCACUAGCACCAGUACUGAUUGGAGUGAUUUCCCUUUGGCUAGAGUCUUGCAUUUGAAGAGCGCUAUCUGAGCAAGUGGACUAGUCAAGGCUGUUUUCAAAUAACUUUGUUUGCAACUUUCCUCAAAGAGUCAGCCUUGGCACACAGAAAUUCUGCUUUCUCCCCAUCUUGUGAAACCAUGAAGCAGCCAAACCUCUCGGCUGCUUGCUUGCACAGCUGAGCACCAACAGUACAAUUACUUUGGAUUUAGAUGACUGUAUUGUAGCAGACCUUGAUAAACUAUGCUUGGAAUAUGACUACAUGCAAUGAAAGCCAGAUGAGAUGUUACACACAGUAUUUAGGUAAAAUGUAGAAAAUUAUUAUUAGUGACAGCAAAUUUAAUUUCUCUUCUUGUGACAGUAGUUAGAGGAAAUACAAAAUGACUGAUGAAAAAAGAAUAAAAAACCCCCUGCAGAUUGGGAACACUUGUCAUUUUAUAGUUUCCCCCCCAAAAAAAAUUUGUUGGCCUAUAAACACUGGGAAGCACUAAAGACAGCAGAAAAAGGUGGUUAAAAUGUUAUACAUCAGUGUUUCUCAACUUUUUUUUAUAAAGUACGCCCCCCCCUUUUUUUUGGUUGAAGAACACACCACACACACAACUACCCCCAGUCCCUAGUUUUCAGACAUACUUUUUUUCCUAUGAUUCAGCACAUUUGUUUAAACAACUUAAUCGUAGCCGGGCGGGUGAUUAAAUUU